CCAAAAGUACUUUUUGUUUACAUUCACUCAAGAGCUACCACCUUGCCACAAGAAGCCAAAAUGGUCAACGCAGCACGAAAGAAUCUCAUGUCCCGUAGGAAUCACAAGGAGCGGGCCCAACCCCUCCACCGUGCCCGCCUCGGUCAUCUCGAAAAGCACAAAGAUUACGUGCACCGUGCACGAGACUACAAAUCCAAGCAAGAACGUAUUAGAAAGCUUCGCGAGAAGGCGGCGUUUAGGAACAAGGAUGAGUUCUACUGGGGUAUGGUCAAGGGAAAGACCAAGGGUGGUGUGGCUAUUGGAGAGCGAGGGUUCGAGGCGUUAAGCACUGAAGUCGUCAAACUUUUGAAGAGUCAAGAUUUAGGCUACAUCAGGGUCCAGAUAGCAAAGGAUGAAAAGGCCGUCACUAAACUUCGGGCAGAACUGGAAGUCACUGCUCCCGCUUCAAGUGCUACUGAAGAAUGGUCCGCUGCGUCUGAGCUAGCUGAGGUGGAAAAGCUCGCGGAGAUGGGCAUUGUCCUCAGUCCUGCUUUGACCCGCAAGAAAGGAAAGGGAAAGGGCAAAGCGCCCUCAGAAGGGCAUGUGGUAUUUGUCGAUGAACGGUCUGAUUUUGAAAAUUACGGGAAUGAGUAUGAAGAAGAGGAACAGCAGGGAACGGAGGAAGAGCAGAUCGACCUGGGUUGGGAAGAGCCACAGCCUGUGAAGAAGAGAAAGUCAAAGGCUGUUGAGCUGGCGAAGGAGGAAUUCGACGAAGAAGCAGCAGCUCAAGAAGCAAGGGAAUAUCGUCUACAACUUCUUUCAGAUCUUUCAGCCCACCUGAAUCGACUCAAACUUUUGCGUCAAGCCGAAGCUAAGUUAGAAACAACGAAAGGCCUUAUGGGGAAGGGUGCUGCCAGAAAGAUACGAGAUCACGGCUGGGUGGAAGACGAGUCUCAACCGGAAGAUCGUAACGGGGACAGGAAGAAAUGGCAGGGCAAGAUCUGGAAGUGGAAGAUGGAAAGGAGAAAGUAGAGUUGUACAAUAUAUCCUUGCGAUUACACGAGUUUCCUUGUUUCAUUAUGUAUGUUACUCU